AUGUCAAAUCAACCCUUGAGGACGUUUGAAAAUUGGGCCGAACAGAAGAGUUCGGCUGGAAAAAUUUAUUAUUACAAUAAACAGACUGAGGUUUCGCAAUGGGAAAAACCGCCCGAAUGGAAGGAGCAUGAUGCGAAAAUGGAACAGGAGCGUAUGUUUGGGGAUAAAUCGAAAUAUGGCGGCUCGUCAGCGCCAGCUCCGAUUCCUCCGCCGUGCAUGCCUCCUCAUCAAUUAGGCUACUUGCCUAUUCCGCCGCCGAUGAUGGGAUUCCCCAUGCAAUUUCAUCAUCAAGGAUUUGCGCCAGCUCCGCCAUUUUUUCCGCCGGCGCCUUCGUCUCAAUCAAUUUUUCCGCCGCCACCGCCACCGGUAAAACCCGGACCCCAAGCGCAUUCGCAAUUUCCCGCAAUGAUUCCACCACCGCCGGGACUUGUGACGCCGCGAACGACGAACAGCGUUCCUCCGCCGCCUCCUCCGUAUUCGCAUCAUUCCCAAAUAAGUGAUCAUCGCUACACACCCGUUCACGAUUCCCAUACGCCAUCAUCGUCGUCUGUUGUUCCGCCGCCGCCACCACCUUCGGAUCAUAUGAUGAACAAUAGCUACAGUAAUGGGAACAGGGGGCCGAUGAGCCCAAUUAACAAUAAAGAGAUGCCGAGGAAAAAACCUUCAGAAGAUGUGACGUCUCGGAAGCCGUCGACAUCCUUAGAGCAACAAUCUAAAACUAACGGCGAAGAUGUAAAUAUAGGAGCUCGUGUUGAUCAACGGUUUCCAAUUGAAAUGACGCAAAAAUAUGAUGAGAAGGAGGCGACGAAUCUGAUGAAAACACUCGGAUUGCUCGAUGAUGAUUUCCGCAAAGAAUUGAAGAAUUUAACAAGGGAGGGAUUGUCGCUCGAAGCACAAUAUCGGAGUAAUGUGAUAACUGCAAUAUGUGCAAUGAGUAUGGGAAUAAUGCAAAAGAGUGAGGUUAAUCGAGCUGAAGGACGGUUAAAAUACAUCGAGAAAACGAUAUCCGAAAUAGAGAGACUGGCUGAUGAGGAAAACAGUCGCGUCGCCGAACCGAAUAAUGAAGCGUUCUCGCAAGUCAGCAGCGGUGCACCUAUCACAGCAACUGCAAGGAGGAGUAUGAGUACAGCUACCUCUAAUAACUUGUAA